UGUACGUGCAGAGUGGACAGAGCUCGCUUGUGUUGUCGUUUAUUCUCCACAUGUGUGUUAACUCGUGUUUAAACAUGUUUCGGACCUGAGGAGUGUGAUUCGGUCUCAGCUGGGUUCGUAGUUGGAGUAAACCCAGCCGGAAGUGUCAUAUGAAGGACUACUCGCGUGCGCCCUGUGAGCAAACUGCUAGCUACAUUUAGCUUUGUGAGCUCAGCUGGUCAGGCUGUCUUUUAACCUUACCAAAUACGGUUAGUAUGGUUACUAACUCUCGUUAAAUAGCGAGUAAGUUGUUUUGAUACUUGCUCGAGGAAACACUCGAGUUGGAAAGUAAUAUUUUGAAGUUUUAAACGGGUCCCUAACAGUUAGGGAAGAGCUUAGGGGACCUGGUGACCGUCCUUGGCAGCUGGGUGUGUGACUUUUGUGAAUGGACAUUAACUUCAUGUGGACAAGGAACUGACAUAUGUCCCAGAAUGUCUGCUGCAUAACAAUAUAACCCUCGUUCAACACCCCGGACAUGUAAUUAAGUUGAUGGUUUCACUUGUAAGAAUGACUCGCCGUUCAGUGGUGAACUUUGUGUGUGUUGGGAAUCGAGCCGUCAGCCUGCUGUUUGGGAGCUCAGCUCGGCCCCUCCACACUUCAGCAUGCAACACCUCAUCUCAGCCCAAAGCUGGAUUCAAACCGGAGAAAGUCGCCGUGGUUACAAAGACGACUCGAUAUGAGUUUGAACAGCAGCGGUAUCGCUAUGCAGGACUCUCUGAGGAGGACUUGAAGCAGCUGCUUGCUAUGAAGGGCUCCAGCUACAGCGGCCUGCUGGAAAGACACAACAUCCACACUAACAAUGUGGAACACAUCGUGAAGAGUCUGUGGAAACAAGGCAUUGAUGUACGAGUUGUGAAAAGAGGAGAAUAUGAUGAAGAAGUCGUUCGAUGGGCAGAUGCCAUCAUCUCUGCUGGAGGUGAUGGGACAAUGCUACUUGUUGCCAGCAAGGUUUUAAGCAAAGAUAAACCAGUUGUUGGAGUGAACACAGACCCUGAGAGGUCAGAGGGUCACCUGUGCCUGCCUGUGCGAUACACUCGUGCCUUCCCAGAGGCACUGGAGAAACUCUGUCGUGGUGAGUUCAGGUGGCUGUGGCGUCAGAGGAUCCGUGUACAUCUCGAGGGCACAGGAAUCAACCCCACCCCCGUGGACCUGCACGAACAGCAACUGAGCCUGGAGCAGCACAGCCAGGCUCACCGUAUAACCACUGUGGACGGCCGGCAGAGGACAGGAACACUACCUGAGAGCUUCUCCAAGUCUAGCCUCCUCCCUGUCAGAAGCCUGAAUGAAAUCUUCAUUGGAGAGUCUCUGUCCUCCAGGAUGAAGUUAAACUCCUUCAAACCCCAUGUUAACCUCUUGCUUCAUAGGGCCUCCUAUUACGAAAUCUCUGUGGAUGACGGCCCGUGGGAGAAGCAGAAGAGUUCAGGACUCAGCAUUUGCACAGGGACAGGAUCCAAAGCCUGGUCAUAUAACAUCAACAAACUGGCUGAACAAGCUGUGGAAGAGGUGCUCAAAAUCGGAAAGUCUCAAACAGGGCUUGAUAUCCCACUUAAUCGGGACUUCAUUGAAAAGGUCACUGAUGAGUACAACGAGUCUCUGGUGUUCAGUCCGGACGCGAGACGAUUGCUCUACAGCAUCAGGGAGCCCAUCGUCAACAGAGUGUUCUCCAGCAGCCAGCAGAGAGGCUUCGCCAGCAAGGUGUCUGUCCGCUCGCGGUGCUGGGAUGCCUGCAUGGUAGUCGACGGCGGGACUUCAUUCGAGUUUAACGACGGUGCCAUCGCUACAGUCAGCAUGAGCGAGGAGGAUCAGCUGCGGACGGUCAUUCUUGAAAACUGAGUCCAGCACACACAAAACUUGACUGGUUUCUCUCAAGCCAACUGUUCAAAGGCACGUGGUCAAAGGGAAGUACCACUUUUUAGCCUUAGCCUACAGUGUUGAAUAUUUUUAUACCUUGAAAGAAAGGUAUGAUUGUUACUAUUGUUUUAUUGAAUUUUUACAUUAUUUCCAAUCACAUUUUUUUUUCUUUUUAUUGUCCAUCCCAAUAUGCCCAGUUAAAAACGGGUUAUAAUCCUCUGGAUUAUAAUGGCAAUAAUCCAUUCUGUAGAUGUUAUGUCGAGUAGGCUUGGGCGGUAUGUAAUAUUUCAUACCUUCCUGAAGUUUCACUACUUUCUCGCAGGUUUUAGACUAAUAACUACACAGUAGAAAUCCACAAAAUGUGAAGAAAAGUAAUAUUCUCACACAUAUUUUCCUUAUUAAACAGAGAAAUACACCUGCAUAAUUUUUUAAUCUAACUUUCUCUCACUCACGGAAGACUAAUGAGGUUUAAUUGUCUCAUUAACUCAAAACACUUAAAACACACUUCAGUCAAAGUCAACAGAAACAAAAUAAACCUCACCCAAAUUGUUACUUUUGUUAGUUAUCUAGUUCAUAAGUUCACUGUUUCAACAAUCACCAGCUCUGGUUUAGUAGAAAUAAAUUCUUAAUUCACCAGGUCAGAUGUAAAAAACAUGCUGUUAUUCCUCAUAUUCGCUCUCUGCCUGCUGACCACCAGCCGUUUACAGUCCUGUAACCUCUCCCUCCACCACUAGGUGUGGCUGUGUCUUUCAAAUAGAGAGAGAAGCACCUGUAUUUAUGACGGUAUUAAAAACAUAACUUCAGGAUUUCUUUAUAACCUGGUAUACCUUCAUACCGUGACACCGCCCAAGCCUAAUGUCGAGCAACAUCUAAAGCAUGUUACUGUUGAGUGUCCUUCACUGCAUCCAAUCAACAGAGAGCAAGAGAUGGAAGGUCAGGUAGGAUAAUUGGGUGUAACACAAUAGAAUUUUGUUCAUAAAAAACAGAUGUUUAAAUUUGUGUCUGCCUCAGAUUAGAUUUAGUAAUGUGCUUUCACACAUUGAUUAAUGACUUUUGAAAGAUUAGUUCCAGAUUUUUUUCCUAAUUUUAUUGUCAACAAAUCCCAAUUACUCAGACUCUUACUACUGUCUGACUGCACCACCUGUGUCUGUCACUUAGUCCAAAGUCCACUGGUUACUACUGAAGGCAUAAAUCUUUAAAAACUGUAUGGUUCUACACAAUUUAAUAUUACGUCAGUUGAAUCAAAUUUGGUUGUUCAAUACGAAUAUUUGAGUAUUUGUUCCUUUUGUUUCCAUAUAGAGUUUGAACAAGGUUCGGCAGGACUUUCAGGGUGAUGGCAACGCUCAUUGAAUAGUAAAAAAGCCCU